GAGUAGGAGGAGGACUCGGGUUACAACUAACUCCCGUAACCGAUCUCACAGCAGCCGAGCGAAGAAAACACUCUUUCAAUUAUUUACACAUCAGUGUCUGACACACGGUUACAAACGUACAGAACAAGAAGGAGCUGCGAGGGGAGGACGUGCUUCUUUAUCUCCCAAACAGCGACCAAAGCAAACAUGCUGUGAAUGGACUUUUCCCUGCGCCGCCAGGAUGAAGACUUGAGAUAUUUAGUUAAGAUUAACUUGUCAUCUCGUUGGCUGACCACUCCUGUGUCCCUCUGAGGCGAGAGAAAGACUUGGCCAUGGACUCCUUCAGCACCAAGAGCUUAGCCCUGCAGGCGCAGAAGAAGCUGAUGAGCAAGAUGGCCACCAAGAGCAUGGCCAACCUCUUCAUCGAUGACACCAGCAGCGAAGUGUUGGACGAGCUCUACCGCGUCACCAAGGAGUACAUCCGCAACCGCAAAGAGUCGCAGAAGAUCAUCAAGAACUUGAUCAAGAUGGUGGUGAAGCUGGGAGUGCUCUACAGAAACAAUCAGUUCAACAAUGAGGAGCUGAUCCUGGUGGAGAACUUCAGGAAGAAAGUCCACACUCUGGCCAUGACGGCGGUCAGUUUCCACCAGAUUGAGUUCACCUUUGACCGGCGCGUCAUGAGCUCUAUUUUGAAUGAUUGCCGUGAGCUGCUGCACCAGGCCAUCAAACGCCACCUGACAGCCAAGAGCCACUCACGAGUCAACCACGUGUUUAAUCACUUCGCCGACUGUGACUUCCUGGCGUGUCUCUACGGGCCCUCGGAGGUUUACCGUGCCCACCUGCAGAGGAUCUGUAACGGGGUCAACAAGAUGCUUGAUGAAGGGAACCUCUGACCUCCGCUGGCCUCGUCAUCAGGCGCCUUUACCUCUAGUCACCCCUCGUGUACCAUCUUGCAAUAUUUAUUUUUAAGGUGACAUGAAUGUUUAUAUUUUCAAUUUUUUGCUUUGUGUUUGUGUGCCUUUUCAGCCAUUACUGUAACACGAAAAGAAUCAUGGCUAGUUAGUCCAAAGUCUGUUUCUUCUCCAGUCUGACUUUUUGUUAUUUCACAGUAAACUAAUUUUUGUAUUGAAUUUAAAAAUUCAUGCUCUUAUCGGUAUAUAUUUAUGGAUAGGGGCUUUGACAACUGUGCCUUACAAAAAGAUUGUUGUCUUCAUUCCAAGGGCCUUAUGCUCUCUCUUUCAAAAAGACAUGAAUCGGGCACAUGCCUUCAGUCAUAUCUCUGUGAGGAGCUUUUAAGGGACCAAAAUGGUUUUUGGGGCACCAGGAGUGG